AUGAAUCGUAUGGAAACAGAGUCAAAGUCCGCGACAUGUGUAGAUAUUAGUACGGACUUCACGACGGUGCAGAUGAAGAAUUCAACUUCUUUGGCUGGACCUGAGAAAGAUGGCUUCACAUUUGAUAGAGUGUUCGAUACCAAUACGAAACAACAUGAUAUUUUCGAUUGGGGCGUGAAAGGGAUAGUAGAAGAUGUUAUGACUGGUUUCAACGGUACUUUAUUCUGUUAUGGUCAAACAGGUUCAGGUAAAACAUAUACAAUGAUGGGAGCAGACAUAGAAAACCCAGCAUUGAAAGGUUUGAUACCACGUAUAGUAGAACAGAUCUUCGCUAGUAUCCUUUCGGCAGAUAGUGUUAUUGAAUAUACCGUCAAAGUCAGUUAUAUGGAGAUAUACAUGGAGAGGAUCAAAGAUCUGCUUGCCCCUCAAAAUGAUAAUUUAUCGAUUCACGAAGACAAAGCACGAGGAGUAUAUGUCAAGAACCUCACGGAUGUAUAUGUUGGGUCGGAAGCUGAAGUAUAUAAAGUGAUGAAAGCUGGUGGAUCAAGUCGAGCAGUCUCCUCGACCAAUAUGAAUGCGGAAUCUUCUCGAUCACACUCUAUCUUCGUAAUUGGUAUACACCAAAGAAACACCGAGACGGGGAGCCAGAAGAGUGGCAAUUUAUACUUGGUCGAUUUAGCCGGUUCUGAGAAGGUUGGAAAGACCGGUGCAACUGGUCAAACGCUUGAAGAAGCUAAGAAAAUCAAUAAGUCUUUAUCUGCUCUUGGUAUGGUCAUCAACGCCUUGACGGACGGAAAGUCCUCACAUGUCCCAUAUCGAGACUCGAAACUUACCCGUAUCUUACAAGAAUCUCUUGGUGGUAAUUCCCGUACAACGUUGAUCAUCAAUUGUUCCCCGGCGACAUUCAACGAAGCUGAAACCUUGUCCACUUUACGAUUCGGUAUGAGAGCUAAGUCAAUCAAGAACAAGGCUCGAGUCAAUGUUGAGAUGUCCCCUGCGGAGCUCAAGGCUUUACUCAAGAAGACAGUCGCUGAAUUGGCUUCAGUAAGGGAACACGCAUCGGCUUUGGAGGAAGAAGUGAAAAUAUGGAGGAAUGGUGGGAAAGUGGAACAAGCAAACUGGGCCGCACCUAUGGCUGCUGCUACUUCCUCUUCUGGUGCAGCAGCAGCUGCUGCUAAGCGAGUUACUUCUCCUCUACCUGUCACUCCUUCGAGCGGUAAUACCUCGGGCACUCCAUCUAGGUCAAAUACCCCCGGCGGAUUGCUGCCAUCUGCCCUAACGGACGGUUCAAGACCUGAUACUCCGACGGUGUACAAUAUGGAAUUCAGUAAAGAUGAGAGAGAGGAGUUCUUGAAGAGGGAGAAUGAAUUGAGUGAUCAAUUGGCUGAGAAGGAAUCCGCUUUGGCAGCUCAAGAGAAAUUGAUGGCUGAUAUCAAAGAGGAAGUUGCCUACUUGAAAGAACAAGAGGCUUCCAUGUUCAAAGAAAACAAAACCAUGUCCACUGAGUUGAACGAUUUACGAAUUCUAUCGGCUAGACUGGAAUCCGAAUCUAAAGAUGCCUCGAUCACUUUGGACAACUACAAAGAGAAAGUGGCAGAGCUUCAAAAGGAUAUCGAAGAGCAGAAGAUUCAGAUUGAAGAACUGAAGAAAGUACAAAGUAAAGAGAAAGAGGAGGAGAAGGAGAAGAGAAAACAGGAGAUGUUGAAUGAGAUGAUGAGUAGGAUCGAUAUGGGCGGUGCCAUUCUCGACUCUUCCUCCGAGAAAUUACGUCAAGUCCUGCAAACUCUGGAAUCUAGAGACAACACGACCUCAGCCGAGGAAAUUCAGUCUCAAACUAGAGAACUUGUCAGAUCUGCUUUAGCAGAGAACCAAGAUAUCGUUAGAGACUUACAGGAGAGAUUGAGAUUAGCUCAGGAAGAAGCUGAUCUGCAGAAUAAGAGAAGAAGCGAGGUGGAGAAGAUGUUGGGUAAGAGGGAUGCGGCUUACGAAGAGCUUUUAGAGAAAACCUCGUCAAGCCAAAAUGUUGCUAUUGAUGAUAUCAAAGCCCAAUUCGAAUCAAAGUUCACAGCGUCUGAAGAACUUCUCAAAGCUGAGAUACAGAAUUUGAAUGAACAUGCCGAAUCACGUGCGGCCGAGAUAAGGAGAUUGCAAAGUACGGUUGAAAGUUAUAAGCUUUCGAACGAAGAGCUCAACCGUGCACUAUCGGUAGCUGCUGCGGGCAACGAGGAAUCGGAAAACUUUGCUCAGUCUGCUAAAGAGUUGGAAAGGAUUAGGAAAUCGCAUGAGAUCCAAUAUGCCGAAUUUGAAAUUGUUAAGAAGAGUUUGAUGAAGGAUCUACAAAAUAGAUGUGAGAAGGUCGUCGAACUUGAGAUGCAGCUUGACGAAGUUCGAGAACAAUACAAGACGAUCGCCCGCUCGGCCAAUUCAAGAGCUCAGCAGAGGAAAUUGGAAUUUUUGGAACAUAAUUUGGAACAAUUGAAUGUUGUUCAGAAACAGCUGGUUGAACAGAAUACAAGCUUGAAAAAGGAAGUUGGAGAGACUCAACGAAAGUUGAUCAAUAGGAAUGAUCGAAUCCAGCUUCUCGAAGCUGCUUUGAAUAACUCCGAAGAAAGGUUAGCUAAGAAGACCAUGAAGAGUGAAAAGCAGCUUCAAGAGUUGAAAGUUAAAUUGGCCGACAUCGAAGCGAAAUAUUCCAACCCAUACAAUCAUGGACGAAUUGCCAAACCUCUACGAGGAGGUGGUGGUGGUGGAGGACACACCAUGACCACUUCAUCCUCUUCACCUGCUAUUCCACCUGGUACACCCGUCUACCAAUCGAUCGCCAGUGGUAUGCACGGUAAUUCACCUUUGGCGAGGAUACAAGAUGAAAGUGCUAGUGGGAAGAGACAAUCGUGGUUCUUCUCUCCUUCGUCACAUUCACCUAGAUGA